AUGGCCCCUACCUGGAACCUCCAAUCUUUUGACCCCUUUGCUGAUGCAACUAAGGGUGGUGACUUACUCCCAGCAGGGACUGAGGAUUACAUUCAUAUAAGAAUUCAACAACGAAACGGCAGAAAGACACUGACUAUUGUUCAGGGAAUUGCAGAUGACUAUGACAAAAAGAAGCUUGUGAAAGCUUUCAAAAAGAAAUUUGCUUGUAAUGGUACUGUGAUUGAGCAUCCCGAGUAUGGUGAAGUUAUCCAGCUUCAAGGUGACCAGAGAAAGAGCAUUUGCCACUUUCUCUUGGAGGUUGGCACUGUCAAGGAGGGACAACUUAAGGUUCAUGGUUUCUAA